CAAAACAAAGCAAGAGUCAUCGUCAACGUGAUGAGUCAGAACUCAUAAGCAGAAGACCCCGAGUUCUCCUGCUUUACUCUCUCUGCAAUAAAUAAAUGAACCUAGUUUAAGAUACAGUUCACAUACUAUAUUCUACGGAUAACAAAUACAUACUACAUCAUAUAUUGACCAAAAAUGAUUAUAUUGACACCAAUGCUCAUCUUUUCUCUUUAAAAAGUUCCAAACUGUUUUUCUCUUUUCUAGUUCAGAAAGGCCAGAGAAUCAUACUAAGGUUUCAAAGAGAUGAAGGAGUUGUUUGGGAGUCCAGGGAAAGCUAGUGGGCUUCUUCUAAGAACAGGGCAGUUUUUCUUUGCUGGUGCUUCUGUUGGGGCAAUGGCCUCUGCUGCUGGUUUCUCCAUUUCCACUGCUUUCUGCUAUUUAAUCGCAUCAAUGGGUCUCCAAGCUCUUUGGAGUUUGGGACUUGCAUGCCUUGAUAUUCAUGCUUUGAGGCUGAAGAGAAGAUUGCAAACUCCUAUACUAUUGAGCCUCUUGGCUGUUGGUGAUUGGGUUACAUCUAUUCUGUCACUAGGAGCUGCAUCCUCAUCAGCAGGAGUGAUGAUUCUUUUUGUGGUAGAUUCUGAUCUCUGCAAGAGAGAUCGGAAACUUGAAUGCAAUAUGUUUGGAAUUUCAAUAGCCCUGGCCUUUAUAUCAUGGUUCCUCCUUGCUAUUUCUUCUUAUGUAAUGAUGUGGAUGUUGGCUUCUGUUGAUUAAAACAAUCCUAAUAACCAUAUGGGAUCUUACUCAACCAUCCGGUUUUCAUGUAUAUUAAUACAAAUUGAUUUUCUUUUCUUUAUGAGACAUGCAA